UCUAAUUACAUCCCCAAUUAAAAUGUGAUUUUCUUAUCCGAUCGAGACAAUCACAUUACUAUCAAUGUACCGGUCUGUGUCCUAACAGAAUAUGUUGUAAUCCAAUGUCAAACAGCCUGUAAUUGACUCCCAUAUAACCUCUCUGGGGUCCUGCUUCCAUCUACAGGGAAGACGAGGUACUGCUGAAGCGGGUGUUCGUUUUUUUUCCAAAUCGUGGCGAAUUAAUUUGUGUAGACAACCAGGUGAGGGGAGAUCCUAACUAAUCAAUGGCGUUAAUUGAUCAAUCAAGUACAAGGGAGGAGCAAAAAUCCACUGACACUCUGGCCCACCUAGGACAAGGGUGGGCAAACGUUUUGGUUCGAGGGCCGCACAGAUUUUUGGGGGGACUGAUUUGUUUGUCAAAAUCAAUUUGCAGGCCAGAAAAGGGGGAGUUAUUUGACAAUAUAUAGUUUAGGUCCAUUAUAAUUUAUAUAAAUAUAUAGUAUAUAAAUAUAUAGUGUAGGUCCAUUAUAAUUUAUAUAAAUAUAUAGUGUAGGUCCAUUAUAAUGCAAGCAUGUGUUUUCUAAAUGGCCAAUGAGAGGAAGGUUAAAUGUCAGAGGUCAUAGAUCAGGUCAAUGUUGAGUGUGGUAAAUCGACAGUAGUCAUUCCUCCUCAGACAGGUCUAUAUUAGCCUACAGUCUGUAGUGACUCUGAACAGAGUGUACCUGUAUCUGGACCAAAACAGAUGAAGUCUGACCUUGACCUUUGUAUCUUCCUGGGGUAGUUUGGAAAACAGCAUGGUCUGACUGUCACGCCCUGACUUUAGAGAUCCACAUUUAUUCUCUAUGUUUGGUUAGGGCAGGGUGUGACUCGGGUAGGAAAAUCUAUGUUUUCUAUUUUUUUAUUGUUUUGCCGAGUGUGGUUCCCAAUCAGAGGCAGCUGUCUAUCGGUGUCUCUGAUUGGGGAUCAAAAAUAAGUUGUGAUUUUCCGUUUAGGUUUUGUGGGGGUGUUAUUUUCUGUUUAGUGUCUGUGCCUGACGGAAAUGUUCGUUUUCGGAUUUGUUAUUAUUUUUGUUUGAGUGUUUCUUGUAAAUAAAUAUCAUGAACACUUUCCACGCUGCGCUUUGGUCCACUCUUCUUUCUACCGACGACGAGCGUUACAGAACACCCCACCAAAGAAGGACCAAGCAGCGUGGCCAGGAGGACUGGACAUGGGAGGAAAUACUAGAGGGGGAAGGACCCUGGACACGGGCUGGGGAGUAUCGCCGUCCAAGGGAGCAGAUGGAGGCUGCGAGAGCGGAACGGCGACUAUACGAAGAGUUAGCUCAACGACGGAAGCACGAGAGGCAGCCCCCGCAAUUUCUUUUUGGAGGCGGCACACUGGGAGAUUGGCGGAGCAGAGACGUGAUGGUAGAGAGGUUGUUGCUGAAGGGACUGCGAGGGCAUGUCUGUGGGUGGGACUAUGGAAACCUUCUGUGGAACCCCUGAGUAUCUGGCGCCAGAGGUGCUGUUAGGCCACACCUGCUGUGGACUGGUGGGGGGCUGGGGAGUGCACUUUAUGAGAUGCUUCAAGGACUGCCCCCGUUCUACAGUCGCAGUAAAGCCGAGAUGUUUGAGAACAUCCUUCACGCCCCCCUGCAGCUCCAUAGAAGUGUGUCCCAGUCUGCCCGGACUCUGCUGCAGAGCCUGCUGGAGAGAGACUGUACCAAACGCCUUGGGGGGGGGGAACAUGACCUUGGCUACACCUUCUUCCUGUCCAUCAACUGGGAUGACCUGCUAGCCAGGAAAGUCCCUCCCCCAUCCAUUCCCAACCUGCCCCCGCAGGUGUGGCCUUCUUCCAUGUUGGGAGACGUGGCCAAUGGAGCCUUCCCAGGGUUCUCCUAUAUGUCUCCGGCUGAGGUUGGAGUCACAGAGCCCUGA